GUGAACUCGAACUGGUCCUUGCGUGGGCGGACUUGCGAGUUUGCCAGGUCCUGUGAACUCCUUGCAAGUAGGUGACGCUGAAAUUUUAAGGUGACUUUCAAUAGAUGGGGUUCCUAGCCCCGCAUAGCAGGCCCCUGUUGGCUAAGCCUCGAACCAAGGAUGCGGUCUUUAUAUAGUCCGUAGUCGUACUUUCCUUUGUCCAUUUUUUGGACACGGUAUUUUGUCAUCCUUGCUUCGAUUAUUUCCACCUUCUUCGACUCGGCAGUUGCCCUCUAUGUCUGAGGAUAUAAUCGCUCCUGACACGGAUCUGCAUUUUAUCAAAGAUAAUCAUGAUCCCCAGGAUUGGCAAUCGGAAACGACGUCUAUUGCAUCGUCUAUCUAUAAAGGGCUGGUGGAGAAUGGCCGAAAAUAUCAGACCCUGAGGGAACAGGGCUCACAUGUGCCAUCCGACGAACAGAUGUUCGAGACUUAUGAAGCUUCGCAUCUUCUUGCUUUCAUAAUAGAUUCUGACAAGGGCAAUGCCCUGUUUCAGGCACCAGUGGAAAAGCCCAAGCACAUUCUGGAUAUUGGAACGGGAAAUGGCACGUGGGCUAUAGAUGUUGCCGAUCUGUUUCCUGACGCAACUGUACGCGGCGUCGACUUGUUCCCGCCCCCUGUGACAUGGCUGCCGCCGAAUUGUAUACUCGAGGUCGAUGAUAUUCUUCAGCAGUGGACGUGGCGUGAUCCAUUCGAUUUGGUGCAUCUGAGACUAUUAGACGCCGCGUUUACCCCGGAAGAAACUGAUCAUCUUUACCAACAAUGCUACGAUCACCUCCAGCCGGGUGGAUGGAUCGAACAACUCGAAAUGAGUUCCUUCAUCGAGUGCGACGACGGCAGUGCCCCCAACAACAGCAUACUAUUCGACUGGGGACACCGGCUCACAACAGCAGCCAAUAAAGCAGGCCGACCCCUCGGAAUCAUGCGAACCUUCCAAGGGUCGAUAGAAAAAGCCGGAUUCGUUGACAUCCAAACAAAAGACUAUAAAUGGCCCAUCGGCCCCUGGCCGAGAGACAAGAUUCUGAAAGAAGUCGGCUCUGUUAAUUACCAGCACUGGCUUAUUGGUAUGGAAGGGUAUGGAAUGUGGUUGUUGACUAAGUAUGGGGAUCCGGUGCCGUGGACGAAAGAGGGGGUGCAGGUUUAUGUGGCGAAGAUGCGGAAGGAGCUGUCUAAUCCUCGGAUUCAUGUUUAUCACAGGGCGAGGAGAAUUUGGGCGAGAAAGCCGGUGGAUGAGGACUGGGUGAAAGUGGAGUUUAGCCCUUGAUACUAUAAGCUCGAUUUCUCCUAUAUAAUGCUACGAAUGAGUAGUGUUUCACAGCCAGAGGUGCAAAGUAGUGCCUCAAAUAAUUGAGCUACUUAAUUGGUUCAAUGUAUUGCAUACAGCCAAGCAUAAUGCAAGUGAUUGGAUGUGUCCGAUCGAGGUUACGAGAUGCAUCAACUAAAGAGAUUCUUACCUUG